CAGUGGCCGCAGCAGCAGAAGAAGAAGAAGCUCGCUGUGGGGCAGUCCUCCAGUGGCCGCAGCAGCAGCAGAAGAAGAAGCUCGCGGUGGGGCAGUCCUCCAGUGGCCGCAGCAGCAGAAGAAGAAGAAGCUCGCGGUGGGGCAGUCCUCCAGUGGCCGCUAUCGGUACCUGGUUGAAGGAGGAGGAAACAGUAUGUGACCGUCCGAAGCAGAGCCGAGACGCAGGCCGGCCAGUCGCUGUUCGCUUGUUUCAGGCGGGUGGAAAAGAAGCACAGCCGCCUUUGAGCAGGUAAUUAAGGUUGCUGCUCCUUUGGUGAGCAUCUUUCCUGCUUGGUGGUAGAUGUGAAAAAUCACUCCAACGCAUCCAGGAUCGCCAUGGCUCAGGACCGGGGGAAGUACGAUUUCUACAUCGGCUUGGCUUUGGCCAUCAGCUCCAGCAUCUUCAUCGGUGGCAGCUUCAUCCUGAAGAAGAAAGGUCUCCUGAGGCUGGCUAAGAAGGGGUCGAUGCGGGCAGGGCAGGGCGGCCAUGCAUAUCUUAAAGAAUGGUUGUGGUGGGCUGGUUUACUAUCAAUGGGUGCUGGGGAAGCAGCCAACUUCGCAGCAUAUGCUUUUGCCCCUGCCACCCUGGUUACGCCCCUGGGAGCCCUCAGUGUGCUCGUCAGUGCCGUGCUGUCGUCGUAUUUCCUGACUGAGCGGUUAAACCUGCACGGGAAGCUGGGCUGCCUGCUGAGCAUCCUGGGCUCCACCACCAUGGUCAUCCAUGCGCCGAAGGAGGAGGAGAUCGACAGCCUGGAGGACAUGGCCAAGAAGCUGGUCGACCCAGGGUUUUUGGUCUUCGCCACUCUUGUCAUCAUUGUGGCUCUCAUCUUCAUCUUUGUGGUCUCCCCGCGCCACGGUCAGACCAACAUCCUGGUUUACAUCACCAUCUGCUCCGUGAUCGGGGCGCUCUCCGUGUCCUGCGUCAAAGGCCUGGGCAUCGCCAUCAAGGAGGGCAUCGCCGGCGUCAACGUGUUUCAGAACCCGCUGGCCUGGAUCCUCCUCCUGGCGCUGGUGGGCUGCGUGAGCACACAGAUCAACUACCUGAACAAGGCCCUGGACAUCUUCAACACCUCGCUGGUGACGCCCAUCUACUACGUGUUCUUCACCACGUCCGUGCUCACCUGCUCCGCCAUCCUCUUCAAAGAGUGGGAGCACAUGGGCGCCGGCGACGUGAUCGGCACCCUCAGCGGCUUCCUCACCAUCAUCGUGGGCAUCUUCCUGCUGCACGCCUUCAAAGACGUCAGCGUCAGCUUGGCGACGCUGGCUGUGUCCAUCAGAAAGGAGGAGCGCGGCGCCCCGGCGGCCAACGGCUCGGCCGCUCACACCAACUACGAACUGCUGCAGGACGAGUCCACAGAGGACAUGGAGGACAGGAGUUUGCCUUUCGACAGCGUCUCAAGGAGGAACGGAGCAAUGACUUCCUCUUUAGAUGCUUAAAUGGUUUUUUGUUUGUUAGUUUUGUCUUCAGACUCAACCGUUGCGUUGGUGCCGAUAGCUUCUAAAAUAAUGAGACAAUCAACUGUGAGAGGAGGAAGGGAGACAUGGAUGGACCAGUAGAUUGUAUUUGUUUUAAUUUGCCUUAAUUUACUCAGACUGUCAUAUUUGGUUAUAGCUGAGGGUAAUGAACUUAUGAGAAAAAGUUUUUCCAUAUUGGUUAAAACUGUCACCAUGUCCACACAGUGCGACACAGAUAAUCUGUGAAUACUUGGAGCUACUGCUGCCGUCUGAGGGAACGCACUACUCCCAUUAUGAUAUAAAGUUGUUCCCUCAUCAAAAAACACACCUGGAGUGUUGCCUUGACUCUUUCAUGCAUGUUUGAGAAAUCCUUUCAUUGCCUGUGGCAACCAUUCAGCUGUGCGAAACAUCUGGUUGGAGCUAGCUCCGCCUAUGAGGCGCAGCUCCUCCCUGACCUCAAAGAGCGGCUCUCCCAUACUGCCCCACCCAGCAGCAGCAACACAAGAGCCAUGUUGUGAUGACUUCCUGAAGGCGGAGUUUCAGACAGAGCAGGUGUUUUUAAAGAGACAGAGGCCCAAUUUUAAGGCGUUAAAUUAGGAAAUAAAAUUUCUUGUAAGUUGUAUUUGACACAUGUAGUGUUUUUAUAGCAACUCAAGUUGUUUCAUUGAGCUCUAAAUGACAUUAUAUGGCUGGAAAAUGCAUAAUAUUGCCCUUUUAAGUCUGACAACGGGGCAAAUAAUGGAGCGCAAGCUCUGCUUUUAGCGUUGUUAACCUGUUGUGGUUCUGGUGCAGCUGUGUGUGUGAGGAGAUAAAAUAAUAGAGCAAGGAUGCAAAAAUCAUACUGCCAUAACACGCCGCUGCGAAAUGCGCUAAUGGUGGAGAAACAACUUACCACUUCAGGAAAACCGUUUAUCCACUGUCAUCUGUGGCUACGCUAACUAGCCUUAGCAUUCAUGGCAGGCUCCGCUAACAGCGCUAAGAGCCUCUCUGGCUCUGAUUGGCUGAGCUGUGUAUGUUGGUGGUUAGUGAUAGAAGGCAGAGGAGCUCCAUUUUAUUUUUCAGAUUAUCUGUCAGAUUAUCCAUAUUGUCACGACUGUGAUAGUUUUAAUAAAUAUGCAAAACAAAGCAUUUCUAAAAGUCACCUGCCCCGGCUUUAACUGACUUGCAUUCCUCUGUAGCUCUGUAAAUAUUUUCUAAAGAAAUGCUUUGUUAUAUGUACAUGAAUUUUCACAUACUGACCUUCUUUCUAUGAAUCAAAAAUAUAAAGCUAAUAUAUUCUGGU